AUGCCCUCGGCCUUCUUGAAAGAUGCCUCCCCUCCCGCGCUGCUCGCCGACAAACCACGAGAGAUGGACGAGGCGCGGAAGAAGCAGUUGGCUAUCUGUCCCACAGAUGACGACACGAUAGCACCGAAGACGAAGAAGCCGCACAAGCAGAGCUUCGACUACAUAUGGCGGACUGGGCUUGCUGGAGGACUGGCAGGGAGUGCUGCCAAAACAAUGGUCGCCCCCCUCGACCGCGUCAAAAUCCUCUUCCAAGCCUCGAAUCCCCAAUUCGCAAAAUACACCGGCAGCUGGUUUGGGGUCAUCACGGCGAUGAAAGACAUCUACCGUGAAGACGGCACACGAGGACUCUUCCGCGGGCAUUCCGCAACCCUGCUUCGAAUCUUUCCUUACGCUGCCAUCAAAUUCCUUGCGUAUGAGCAGAUCCGCUCCGUCAUUAUCCACUCCCCUGCACAAGAAACUCCAAUUCGAAGAUUACUUAGCGGGAGUUUGGCAGGAGUGACCAGCGUCUUCUUCACUUAUCCUUUGGAAGUAAUCCGUGUGCGUCUCGCAUUUGAAACAAAACGCGACUCUCGCUCCUCCCUCUCCGCAAUCUGCAAAAGAAUAUACAACGAAACUCCCCCACCUCAAAGACCAGUUUCCGGACCAGCCGUUUUUGCAGUGACGACAGAGGCUGUUAGGACGGUGGUGCCGAGAGCGGGACUGGCGAAUUUCUAUAGAGGCUUCUCGGCGACGAUUAUGGGCAUGUUGCCGUAUGCAGGAAUGUCCUUCCUUACUCACGACACAGCGGGAGAUAUCUUGCGGCACCCUGCACUCGCUCCUUAUACCACUCUCCCCAGACCCUCCAAUUCCCCACCAAACAAACCAGCACCUCUACGUUCCUGGGCCGAGCUCUUCUCUGGCGGUAUCGCAGGUCUGGUAUCACAGACAAGUGCAUACCCACUCGAGGUAAUUAGAAGGAGAAUGCAAGUCGGAGGCGCGGUCGGAGAUGGGCAUCGCUUACAUGUUGGCGAGACAGCCAAGAUGAUUUUCAGGGAGCGGGGGGUUCAAGGGUUCUGGGUGGGACUGACGAUUGGGUAUGUGAAGGUCGUGCCAAUGGUUGCGGUGAGCUUUUAUGUUUAUGAGAGGGGGAAGACUGUGUUGGGUAUUUAG